GGUACGUCAUCACUGCGCGUCCAAUGUUGUUUUGGAGCGUUGGAAGAUUUGACGCGAACUGUAAAGGUGUUUUUGAUGCAGUCACAUUUUACGAGCUUCAUUUCAACCGUUUAAAUGUUUAUGCCCAGAGCAUUGAAGGUAAAGAGACCUGUCCAAGGACCAGGCCAUGGCUUCAAUAAGAAAAGCAAGACUGAUCAAGAAGAUUGUGACCAAACGAACCCUCAGGCAUCUUCUUUUCAGGAGGACGCAUGUGAAGACACAAGAACUCAAAGUGACACUGGUGAACAUUUGACAGAGAGCGCAACAUGUGAUUCUGGAGCUCCAUCCUCCUCAGAUAAUGAAGAUGAAGAUGAAGAGGAUCCAGUCAAAUCUUUCAAAAAGAGCCAACGAUGGCCUGAGCCAGGAGAACCUGUCUGUGUGAUGUGCGGUCGCUAUGGGGAGUACAUAUGUGAUGCUACUGAUAAUGAUGUUUGCAGUCUUGAAUGCAAAGCCAGUCAUUUACUACAAAUGGGAAUAAGAGCUGGAGACGAUGCCUUUGAUGUGAAGGAUAGAAACGCAGACAAAGGGAGCUCUAAAUCUCAUCAUCCAGCAUUUAACGCAGUGGGAAAUGAAGCAGGCUAUUCCUUUUGGGAGGAUCCAUUUAUAUCAGGCCUCACAGAUGAUCAGGUGGAGCGAAUUAGAUCGGAGCUUGGCAUCAAGGCAGAAGGAAAUGAUGUCAGAAGACCUAUUGUUGAGUUUGAACACUGUGGCUUUCCAUCACUGCUGAGUAGCAACCUUAAAAAAGCUGGUUAUGAGGCUCCGACUCCAGUCCAAAUGCAGAUGGUGCCCGUUGGUCUCUCUGGGAGGGAUGUGAUCGCCAGUGCUGACACAGGAUCAGGGAAGACCAUCGCUUUCCUGCUGCCUGUGGUAGUAAAAGCUCUGGAGAAAGCGGUUCAGGGCGUGUGCAGCCCAUUGGCUCUGAUCCUGACCCCUACAAGAGAGCUGGCCAUUCAGAUAGAGAGACAGGCCAAGGAGCUGGUGAUGGGAAUCCCUAACAUGAGAACUGCACUGCUAGUGGGAGGCAUGCCUCUUCCUCCACAGCUCCACCGCCUCAAAAGCAGCAUCAAAAUUGUUAUUGCUACACCUGGAAGACUCAUAGAAAUCCUGAAGCAGAAAGCAGUUCAACUGGACAAAGUAAAGAUUCUGGUGGUUGAUGAGGUUGACACCAUGCUGAAAAUGGGUUUCCAGCAGCAGGUCCUGGAGGUUCUGGAGCAUGUCACAGAGGAACACCAGACUCUGCUGGCUUCAGCCACUAUCCCAGCAGGGACAGAGGAGUUAGCUGCUCGCUUAGUCCAUGACCCCGUACGCAUUGCUAUAGGGGAGAAAAACCAACCGUGUGCUAACAUCAGGCAGAUCCUACUUUGGGUGGAGGAGCCGUCUAAGAAGAAGAAGCUGUUUGAAAUUCUUAAUGAUAAUAAACUGUUCCAGCCUCCUGUGGUGGUUUUUGUAGACUGCAAACUGGGUGCUGAUCUUCUGUGUGAGGCGGUUGCCAAGGUCACAGGCCUAACAACUGUAGCCAUCCAUUCUGACAAGACCCAGAGGGAGCGCAACCGCAUCCUUAAGGGUCUUUUGGAUGGAAACUUUGAAGUAGUGAUUAGUACAGGUGUGCUGGGCAGAGGACUUGACCUUGUCAACGUGAGAUUGGUGGUGAACUUUGACAUGCCGAACACCAUGGAUGAAUAUGUGCACCAGGUUGGCAGGGCAGGGAGACUGGGCCACAGGGGAACUGCGAUCACUUUCCUGAACAACAACAACAAACGGCUGUUCCUGGAGGUGGUGAACAGAGUCAAACCCACUGGGUCUAUUCUACCCCCUCAGCUCCUAAACUCACCAUACCUCUAUGAACAACAGAAGAGGGAAAGUCAGAAGACUAAGAUGAGACCUGACGACACUCUGGUUACUACAAACAACCUUAUAGACAUCAUAAAGAAACAUGAUCGUCGCAAGAAGUAGCUAUUUGCUGAUUUCCUCUCUAUUGCACUGGAGCUCCCUGUUUAUGAUAAAGAUAUUACUUUUUUAUUUUACGUGUUUCUUUAAUAAACAUGGAUUUUGUAUAAUUUGA